AUGGCGGCCAAGUCUCGGGAGCUCGUGGCUAAUCGUACGAACGGAAACUAUUCGCAUAUAGGUGAGCGCCUCCACGACGAAGCAUUGUCGGAUAUUUCCAAAAAGGUGCAACGCCACGAACGCCGAGUUGUGGAGCGUGAGCAGCAGCAAAGCUGGAUGUGUCCCAAAUGUGGCUAUGUGAACCAGUACAACGACGCUCGAUGCCAGAACAAAAUGGCACAAAAGACAAGAGCCCAGCGUGGUAAACCCUCGACGGUAUCACGAAGAGAUACUGCCAGUAGCGCCAACAGCUCGUUUGGUUCGCAGCCUGAGGUGCUUUGUGGACAGCCCAAGCCUGAGCGGCUUUUUCAGCCAACAUUGAUCACCAAUUCAUCCAGCACCAUGAAAGCUGUCCACGCCAAUAAAGAAAAGUCCUCGCGGAUGGCAAGUUUGCGACGCCAGAGACACCAAAGCGCGAUCGCUGGGGAAUUCCAGCAAACGUGUCCGUUUAAACCGAAGAUCAACAAGGUGUCGAAGGAGAUAGUGCGAGAAAAACAGGAGACUGCUGCUGCUGUUGCAGCGUUGAACGGCGAGGCUAGACGCUCACGAAACCCUCAUCUUGAGCUGUAUGAAAACUCCUUCCAGGUUCGAACCAAGCGAGAAGAACGAGAAGAAGAAUACUUUAAGCAGUUUUCUUUCAAGCCUAAUAUUGGCGUGAACGCGCUCUGGGUUUCGCCAGACAAAUCCCAGAGCGAUUUUGUGGAGCGUCUCGCCGUUGACAAGUACCACGAAUUGGAGCGGAAACGCGUUGCACUUUACGACAAGUAUGCUCCAGAUCGGGACCCUAACACAGGAAAAGAGCUCUUCCAGCCCGAAACUGGUCGAGCUCCUGCUUUUUCACGCAACAAGCAAGGACUACCCAUUGGAGACUUCUUGCAUGCUGCUCACAGUGAACAACAAGCGUAUCACCGCCAGUUGCGGGAGAAGGAUCAGCGUGAAAUAAAGAAGAAAUCGCAGCAAACAUUUGUGUCGGAGGCAUCGCGCCGAGCACUGGAGCGACGAAAAGCGGACACCUGCUUGCGGAUUUUUAACGCUCUCCUCGCCAUGUCUCUUGAGAUUUCUCGUGUCGUUGCGAUUGUGUUUGAGUAUGCAAACCACGUGCCGAUCUCGCGAGAUGCCUUCUCGGGAUACAUAGAUCGACUUGUACGGGAAGUACCAGGUGUUACCUAUUCGCAGAUAAUAUUCCUAUCCGAGCAUCUCCAGACCGGUAAAAGUGGUCGGAAUCCUCACCAAUUUCACCACUCGGAUCCUGAACGGGAAGCGGCUCUUGCUGAGGAAAAGGAGCUGACCUUCCACCCGGUUAUUGACAAGAACUCGCGUGAAAUCGCCACCAAACAUGGCCGAGUAGCAGGUUCCAAGGUCUUCGAGGCACUCAAUCAGUACUAUGACCACUAUCUUGAGCGUAAGGAACAGUUCCGUAAACAGCAGCAGCGCGAGUUUAAGAAGACGCACCCGUUCCAACCUACACUGGUCACGAAACCUCAUCUGCGGGAACCGGCGGCUGCUGCUUUUUACGACAAGAUCCUAAUCGGUAACUACGAGGACUCUGGGAACGUCAUGUCCUCCUGGGGGGUCACUGCCUCUGUGUCGUCAGCUCCAGUAUCAAAUCGAAAUGUGGGUGUGAACAUACCUGCUUCAGCUCCACUACAGACGGCUCUCUCGAACGCGAGACCUUCUGUGCGUCCAAUCGAGAACGAACCCGGCAGAUUCUACCCGUCAUCGGUGGCCGACGAAGCUCCACUUGAGGAUAUCUUAGAAAGUAUAUCAAGAAGCUCGUCAUGCUCCCAGCUCGAAGAUGCCGAACUUACGUCACGAGUGCUCGCAGCACUGGACGAGAAGCCCGCAUCUACUUCGCCAACACCCUCGUAUCUCCCGACCAAAGCACGUUCAGCCAACGAUGACUCGAACUUAUCUGCAGACAAGGAAUGCUCCGUGAGAUCACGUGAGGACUCGGUCCUGAGCCCUGCGAACUUCGUGUAA